CAGUUCAGCUUAGCACCGCCCGCCAGAUUCAUCCAAGAUGGCAGCCAAGCGCGAUCUGAGGUGGCCGCGGUUGGUUCUGUGGAGGUCGUGGCAGGUCCGGGGAUCUCCACAAAACUGGGUAUCGGGCCUGGGCCUAGAAGCGAGGACUUAUUCCCGGGGCGACGGCCCGUACUCGCGCACGGCGCUCUAUGAGGUGCUCGGCGUCCCCUCCACGGCCACGCAGGCGCAAAUCAAGGCGGCCUACUACCGGCAGAGCUUCCUCUACCACCCGGAUCGCAAUUCGGGGAGUCCUGAGGCUGCCGAGCGCUUUACGCGCAUCUCCCAGGCAUACGUGGUGCUGGGCAGUGCCACCCUGCGCCGCAAGUAUGACCGCGGCCUGCUCAGCGACGUAGACCUGCGCGGACCUGGCGUUCGGCCCUCCAGGACGCCCUCGGCGGACCCGGGCUCGCCCCGCACCCCGCCGCCCGCUUCUCAGACCCACCACAGUGGUCAGGCUGCGCCGGGCGCCAACCGCACGAUGUUCGACUUUGACGCCUUCUAUCAGGCGCACUACGGCGAACAGCUAGAGCGUGAACGGCGCCUGAGGGCCCGGCGUGAGGCCCUUCGCAAGCAGCAGGAGGAUCGGGCUAAGAAAGGCUUCCGCUGGGAUGAGACCCGAGACACAACUUUCGUCUUGCUUCUCCUCACAGUCUUCAUCAUUAUGACACUGCGUUUUUAAUUGGAGAGAGGAGGGAAGGGGAAGCAGCCCCCCCAGUCAGCCCUCAGAAAAUGGCCUUUCCAGUCUUCAACCCUUCGCCUUCCAUAGUCUACCUCUGCUGGGGUCUAAAGGAACCUCUGUCCCCCUCUUCUUCCCCACUCGCCCAGCUUGGCCGAUGACCUGCACAUCCCUGCCCCUACGGUCCAGAAAAGGAGGCUUUUCGAUGCCCAAGAAAGAGGCUCCAAAAUGAAGAGCCUUGGAAGUCCGAGAGUGAAGGGUAUUCUGGAGUCCCUUGGGUGCCUGCCUUCCUGAUGUUGCCAACUUCUGGAACACUUGCUCUGGCUUUAUUGUAAAGCUCUGAGCAAGAAUUGUCUGCUCCUGCCCCAUGUUUGUACCAUGGGGCUCCUCUGUAACCUUGAAACGUGCAAUGUGACCAGUUGUUGGCUGCCAAAAGAAAAAUUCUGGGCUUGUACGAACCUUGUCUUUCUGUGAGUUACCCAAGCCACAGGUGAGACCUGUUGUCGGCUAAGAAUGUGAUAUGUGGAAAUCUUGCCAUUCUUCUAUGGUCAGCCCCAAACCCACUGUCGCUUCUGUUGGUGGCAUGUGGGAGUGGGAAAGCAAGGUCAUCGAGCAUAAGGAAUGAGUGUUCCUGUGCCCAUACUUAUGUAAUGAAUGACCUUGGAGAAGUUACUUUGUGGACAUGACUGCAGAGAACAAAUCAUUUGUUCUCUUGAGAUCUGCCACACUUUAUUAUCCAUAGUGCUAAUGGGUUAGUGGUUAAAGCAUGCUAGUAGAGUCAAGUUUAUCCUUGGGACAGUGUGCCAAGUGGGUCAUCCCUUUACCAGCUACCCCCAUCGCUAACUAUGCAGCCCAUCCCCUCCCAGAAAUAGAGCAACAAAUUGGGAGUUUGAGUCCUCUGAGUGUGACCCACCCUGUUUACCUUGCAAUGCUUAUUGCAGGCCCCACAAGCCAGGUCCUUGAAACGUGGCUGCUUGAGGCUGUGGGGAAUUUGGAGUUGGUGGGACUACUGAGGGACAGGAGAAUGUGGUGGAAACUCGGUUCUUGUUCAGAGCUGGCUGAGGCUUUUUUUUUUUUUUUCCUUUUUCUAGUUUGUGCUAAGCUGUUGGUCAGCCAUCACUUGGCUAGAAUGGUAGUAGUCAGGGUAUUUUAACCCUGAGUCACUGCACAUGGGGAGUGGGUGGCUGUGCAAUAGGUGCUUGAGCGUUUAUGCGCUGGAGCUGAGUGUAAAGCUAUGGGAUAGGCAAACCUUUCCAAGAAAUGUACGACAAGGGGGCGGGUCUUAAGUCUAGAGUCGAAACAAAGCCAGAGAUGCUUUGGUAUAUUAAUACUAAUUCCUGCAUUCACACUCCUGUGUGAAAUCCUUGUAUAAAUUGGGAUAAAUUCACAGCUAGUUCAACUUGGUCUCUUGGAAACCAUUUGAUUCUUUCUAGCCUUGGAGGUUGGGGGCAGACUCUUAGUCAUGGAUUUGCAGUGACCACAGAAUUCAGUAGUAAAGAUUUAAGCCCAUUGUAAUUCAGGACAGCUGUACUCUUUGAGCCUUGAUUGGGGGUGGGGGAGCGGUGGUGUACGUAUGUAGUUUGAAAAAGAACAUUUAAUGUUAUAUUUCAUAUUUGAAAAACAACAGGGAAGGUCUGUUUUUGAAAUAUAAACUACAGAAAGUGAAGCUUCGUAAAAGGUACAGAAACUAGUGAUUCUCAACCAACGAGUUGGAGCAUAACAAGAGUGUCCAUGGGGCAAGAUUCUAUCCGAGUUUCUGUCAAAAUGGGUGGGGUUCUUUUGGGUUUUGUUUGUAAAAGCAUUAGUGUUCAUUAAUAGCUGGGACCUUUUGCAUGGGCUCCUUGACAUAAACCUUUCAAGUUUGUUU